CCACCCAGUGCAAGUACACUACACUUUGAGUUCUAUGCAGAUCCAGGGGCCGAGGUCAGAGUUGAAAAAAGGACUGCCAGUAACACACUACAUUACAUUCACAUAGAGCAGCUUGACAAAAUUUCAGAAAGUUCUUCUGAAAUCGUGGAAUCUCUUACCAAAAUAUACAGCAUUCCAAAAGAUAAGCAGAUGCUGUUGUUUACACAUAUACGGCUGGCCCAUAGUUUUUCUAAUCACAAGAAGAGACUGCAGGCUGUUCAGGCAAGACUACAUGCAAUUUCCAUAUUAGUGUAUUCAAAUGCCUUACAAGAAUCAGCAAAUAGUAUCCUGUAUAAUGGCUUAAUAGAAGAGUUGGUAGAUGUCCUUCAAAUAACAGAUAAGCAUCUGAUGGAUAUUAAGGCAGCAUCCUUAAGGACAUUAACAUCAAUUGUACACUUGGAAAGGACUCCCAAACUUAGCAGUAUUAUUGACUGCAGUGGAACUGCCUCCUAUUAUGGAUUUUUACCUGUACUUGUUCGAAACUGUAUCCAAGCCAUGAUUGAUCCUUCAAUGGAACCUUACCCUCACCAAUUUGCCACUGCUCUUUUUUCCUUCUUGUAUCACCUGGCCAGCUGUGACGCAGGUGGUGAAGCCUUGGUAUCCUGUGGCAUGAUGGAAGCCUUACUUAAGAUACAUUUACUGUUUGUGUUAGUGCGAAAAGAGAAUGAUCAAUCAUGAAUUAAAUUAGUAUACAGAAACUCACAAGGAGCUAACUAAAAUGUGUGCAUAAUACUCCUAGUUUUAUAUUAUUAAUUAUAUUACAUUUAUGUUUAUAUCCCUUUGUAUGUCCCAGUGACUAAGAGAAAUGGUAACUAGU